AUGGACUGUGAACUAUGUAAAUUCAGUAUUACUGGUCUCAAUACAACGGAUAAGAAAUUCCACAACGGCAGCGAGGCAGAUUCUAGUGUAUAUACUUUCACGAUGGCGGAAUCGCCCACCCCAUGGCUCUUGACUUCCAACGAGCCACCUUCCCCAGAUGAAAGAUCUCUAAUCCUAGAAACCCUGCGCAAGACACAGAACAAAAUCCACGCCCUAUUUCAAAGGAUCGAAGAAAGAAACACGCCUGAUCACCCUUUCUCCAGAAUUGAUCGGGAUACCUGGACGCAGUUGGAAGUCCUCGAAGACUUUUUGAGGAGGCACCGUGCCAUUCUUUCCCCUCUGCGUAGCUUUCCAUCAGAACUGCUCGCAGAAAUCUUCAUCCUCUCGAUCCCUGUACGACCUGUGGACAUCGAUAUAUUCUACGACGACAGAUACUACUAUUCCAGGAAGGCCUACGGCUUCGCGCAGACAUGUCGUUAUUGGAGGAAUAUAGCUCAGUCUACGCCUCAAAUCUGGACCAAGAUCCCCACCGUCCUUGUCGACUACACCUUAUUAAAACCGAAUAUCUCACCCGGCCCCAGGUUGUCCCUCAUCAAGCUGUUUCUUGAACGAUCCAAACCAGCCCCAAUCCAUGUUAGGAUAACUUCUAGUUACUACAACCGCUACGACGACAACAACAACCAAUUUGAUCGCUGCCCCUUCGAGGGAAAUCUUUCCCUCGUUUUAUCUCAAUCACACAGGUGGAAAAGCGCUGACAUACAAUGUGUCAGUGUCCGACGUUUGACAAUGCAUGGCAAAAUCCAAGUCCCUAUCCUAGAACACCUGCACAUAAAAACACGUUAUCCCUAUCGAGAAGUGUUUGCCGGUCUCCCCAGCCUCACACACUUUGAAGGAGAAGGAGAGACAGACAAGUGCCUAUUCGUUCCCGAAGUGCAAGCACGCUGGAGUUCUCUUGAGCGUUUUACUGGCUAUCGCAAAAUGUUGGGUGCAUUCGCAGGUGCCGCGGACUCUCUGAAGCAAUGCGAAGUGCAGUACCCUUUCUACCCGCGUACCCGCAUGGGCGUCAACGACAAUCAGCCCCCCAUCCGUUUCACCCGACUCACAUCUCUGACCGUCAGAGGCCCAAUCGGGAACACCGAAUUCCGCUGCAUUGAAGCACCCCUCCUCCAACGUCUGUCAAUCGCGGGCAGAAACCCUCGUUACGAGUACGCAGUUGAGACGGGUCCUAUCAGCAACCUGCUCUCAAAGACCCUUCCCGGUUCAUCCCUCCGCUCCCUGAAAUUCUACAUGCACAGGAUGGAUGCUCAAGAUCUCCGUCGUCUGUUAGAAGCAACACCUCUCCUGGAAGUGCUCCAUCUAUGGGAUACACCGUCAUCCCACUUCUGGCCAUUGGCAUAUGACAAGAAUAUCUUCAUGCCUCUCGUCCCGCGCCUACAGACUCUGACAAUACGCCAAUUCAAGGGCCACGAUUUGGAGCCUUUCAACGCCGUCUACCACUCGCGACGAGCACCACCGUUGGAGUGCGACGCGCGACCGAACGCGGUGAUAGAAUCGAAUAUAAUGAUUAAUCUGACUUACAAAAGCUGGAGCGAGACUCAUGGAUCCUGUUACCUGCUACUGAGGCGAGCAACACCACCAAUAGAUAUUCUGUGCCUUGAUUCAGAACGCUCCGAGGUAGCACUGGUCCGUGCCUGGUGCACGUAUCUUGUGAGGCAGUUUUUGGAUCCUGUUCAGAAAGCCAAAAAGGCUGGCAUGAGUUUUGCGCGGAAGAAGAGAGAACGUUUUGCCCGUUUGCACAGCAACUGGGCAAGGGUCGACAAAUUGUUCGUGCUUCUUGAAGGGCAUCCCUUCCCUGAAUUUGAGCCAAUGGGCACCCUUGGAUGGGGGGUGACCAGGCUGGCAAACGUUAUGAAACUCAUUUAUGAGCUCCCUGCCGAAGAUGUUCAAGAGGACGCAAUUUAUAACUUCAGACUACGGGCCUGGAGGCUGCACAAGCGAUGGAGCUCGUUGAUGACAGACGUGCAAGCUGUGCCAAAGUGGAGACUGACAGAUGAUUACAAGACUCUGAGGUUAGGUGGCUUUGGGGUUGGGCUUGCAGUCUAG